AUGACUCGAGAUACUCACAGAGUCCAUGAUGACCGAGAAACCGUCAGUGAUGCGGACAUCUACGCAGCCUUGUGGGCAACAGCACCCUUCCCACGCCUCCCUGAAGAUGCGCCCAGCGAGCUGAAGAAGCUUAUGGUUGACGUGGAUGAUCCAAAGAGAAUAUAUGGAAUCCAUAGAGCGCGUAGACGACACAACUUCCAGCUAUUGGUUGAAAGAUAUAUCCUCCAGAUCCGAUAUGGCUGCCAGUCGAAAACUUGCACAACUACAACAUGCUUCUCUUGCCGCAAACGCGUUGCGAAUGGUGCCCCGAUUCGCCGAUACAAUUCCGCCAGUGCCCGGACGUUGGCGAUAUACAUGGCCAGCCAAGAUAAUCCUGAGAUGGGGCUUUGCCAUCACAAUAGCACCGGUCGAUUAUAUCCAGAUGCUCCCAGGCCAUGUAAGCCCAAGCCUGGCCUAGCAGGUCAAUUACGGACAUCUGUCAUACAAAGCUCAGGACCCAAGUCGGAUGAGAAGGAGUCUUCAAAGACUGCGCCGAAGAAUGGAGCUUUCGUCGAGGAUUUACCAGAUGUGGAUAACCACGCCGAGAAGAAGAAACCGUCGGAGGUGCUGAACCGGUGGGCGGAGCUGGAUUUAAGUCUUCUAGAGGAUGCAGAUGCAAAAGACCCUCGUUCAUUUGUCCAAAGUGUAUUUGGCACUGCGGCAUUCAAGAUGAUAGAGUGGCUUACGCCUAGGAACCUUGCAAUUUUUUCUCAGACUCGAGAUCAUGGAGAUUCGGGAUCACGACUGUCUAAUACCCAUCAACAAUACGACGCAAUCGACCCUCCACUCUCUCACGAACUCAAGGAUGCUGCACCGUCAAAGCCUGAGUCGGACCAGGAAGACAAAAUCGUAGCCCCCAAGAAAUCCACCGUGAAUGAAGGACAUGAAAUACUACCACCAUUUGGUAUUACUCCAGUCUCACAGCCUACCGCCUCACAAGACGCACCAGGUACUCCCAUGCCUUCAGAACCGAAGCCGCAUGUAAACUCAGUCGCAAGGACUGCGCCGAUUUCGAAUAGACGGAGGAAGUCUGACACAAUCGAAUCACAGAAUCCGAAAGGCAUUCUCAGUAAGCAGCAGAAACAGACAGAUUCAGCUGUUGACCCUAUGUCCACACCUACGGCAAGCGUACCUUCCUUGCCAAAACACAAGAUACCUAGACAAGCCCUGAUUACCAGCCCGAAGAUGAAAAUGUCGGAUUUUAAUACUCAAGUCCACGAAAUCAAGCCUAUAACAAGCAAACCCGUAGUCGGGUCAUUUGAAGCACCAGUAGCCAAAGAUGAUGGCAACGAUAGACCUGAUAAGCCGCAAGAAACCAGAGAGGCCCAGGUCACUUUACAGACAAAUAUAGCGCUUACUCCGGAUGCGAAGCCAUCACCUACCAAGGACGUCCUUCUUCCUCAGUCCAUGUCUUCCUUCUCAAUCGAGUCAAUCAACUUCUUGUGCGAUGUCAUGCAAGAUGAUAAUUCUGCCGAGAAACACCUUCUACAACCUGCAACCAUAGAAGGAAGCUCGAAAAGGAUUCGCGAAGCCCCUCCAUUUCCGCUUUCUCGGGAAGUCACACUGCCCAGAUCUUCCCUUCGAUACAGAAACCAGUGGAAGGUGUUCAUUGAGCAGAGUUUCUUUGAUGUGUUGGGAAAAUCUGAUUCGCUUCUGAGGUCCUUCCGCGACGAAGAUUCGGAACCGUUCGAUUCGCAGACGAUAUGGUAUCUCAUGCUUCGAAUCACUCGAGUUGCUCCCUCCCUGCUGUUUGACCGCCUGUGGAACGUAACUGGCACUUUGUUCCGGCCACCGCAGCAAUUGGAGGAUGCCUAUGAAUGGGCCAAAGACCACAAAUCUUACUCCAGAAAAGCAUUGUCGAAUCAUGAUGCUGCACGGCUGUUGAAUAUCUGUCUUCACGCAUUGAUCGCCUCCGCGCCGUUCGUGUCUGACACGCGUCAAAUGGCAAAUAUGUCUCGCAUACGCUCAUAUGGACUGGCAAUGUUAAGUCGGGAAUACUCCUCUCUAGAGUCAGUGGAUUUGUGCCUGGCUUACGAAGAUGCUUUCAGCAACGAGCCCGCUUUUAGACUUGCACGUAGACUUUUUGCAGCAAUAACAACGAGGCGCCGAUUUACAGAGCUUCUUGAUCUCCAAAGGGGUAACCGAAAUGACCAGUUUCGCGAGUCCGACGUUCUAGAAUUGCUUGUCGAUUCGUUGAAGUUUCUUGAUCUUGGAACCACCCCAAUCCUCUACUUCACAGAUGAUGAACGUAGCCUACACGAGAAAAGGGUUCCUACCUUAAUUCUUGAUUGGGCAAGAGCCGUUAUGUUGCAAGAAUGGGAAGGGUCUGCAGAGGUUCCAAACGAUGGUCCGUUUGGUGGUGCUCUGGCCAUGAUGGCAGCCAUCUACAAGAAGAGAAAGUCCUUAAUUUUAGGGGACAUCCACUUUCGGACAGAGUACUUUGCCGAGCGUCUUGAUCCAGUGGCAAUGCCCCUUGAAUGGCUUUCGUACGAUCAGAACAAGAAAACGGCUCAUCUGUUGGACCACCCGUAUCUCUUCGAUCCCUCGACACUUGUCACAUACUUCAGAGCAAUCAAUUAUUCUCGAAUGAACCAAUCGUAUGAGAGGGCGCAUACAACCGGACAUCUUGUCUCUCACUUCAUGUCCGAGGGAAGUUUGGUGACUGAGAAGUAUAAGAGGGAUAAAUUACACGAUCGCCUCCGAACCGCCACAUCUGAAUUCAUGGUACUUGAGAUUCGUCGGACUCAUGUACUCUUGGAUACCUUUAAUGCCAUCUGGAGAAGAGAAGAGCGGGAGCUGAUGCGACCUCUGAAAGUGAGACUUGGUGAAGAAGGCGGCGAAGAAGGCCUAGAUUCCGGUGGAGUCCAACAGGAGUUCUUCAGACUGGCCAUAGCGGAGGCCCUGAAUCCUGACUAUGGCACAUUCACUAUUGACGCUAGAACGAAGAUGACUUGGUUUCUACCUGGAUCUCCGGAACCUUUGUGGAAAUUCGAGCUUAUUGGAAUGAUAGUCUCUCUGGCAGUGUACAACGGGCUCACUUUGCCAGUCACGUUUCCAAAAGCCCUCUAUCGAAAGCUACUAGGCGAAGAAGUGACAGAGCUUCAUCAUAUCGCGGACGGCUGGACUGACCUAGCAAAUGGGCUCACAACGCUUCUGGAAUGGGACGAAAAAGAUGGAUUGGUAGAAGAUGUGUUUGCAAGAACUUACGAGUUUAGCGUCGAGCAAUUCGGACAGCCAAUCAGCAGAGAAAUGGGUGCUUCAGAGAGUCACUGGCCUCAGUUCCCAGAGCUUCAGAGCAAUUCUAAUCCUGUUGACGCUCCCUCGGUAACGAACGAGAAUCGCAACAACUAUGUCAGCGACUACAUACGAUGGCUGACUGAUGUGUCCAUCCAACCACAAUUCGAAGCCUUCAAGAAAGGUUUCUUUUCCUGCAUCGACAGACGCUCCAUCACCCUCUUCGACCCGGAUACCCUCCAAUCAGUCGUCGAAGGUAUUCAAGAGAUCGACAUCUCCGAGAUGCGCCGCGCAACCCGCUACAUAGGCUGGGACGCAUCUCAUCGCUCUAUCCGCGAUUUCUGGAGCAUAGUCAAACGCUACGAUCUCCCGCAGAAGCGCAAACUUCUCGAGUUCGUCACUGCGAGCGACCGAGUCCCCGUCGGCGGGAUGCGUAACCUGCAGUUCACGCUGCAGCGUAACGGCAUUGAUGAUGGGCAUUUGCCCAGCAGUUAUACCUGCUAUGGCAUCCUUCUCCUGCCUGAGUAUUCGAGCAAGGAGGUCUUGAGGGAUAAACUGGCGAUGGCGUUGGAGAAUUCAAAAGGGUUCGGGUUUGCUUGA